AUGUCAAAAGCCCUUCAGAAGCGCGCUCUCCCUUCAAAGGAGCAAUCCCUUUUCAAAGAGCUACUCACUCUCUACGAGACCCGUCAGCUCAAAAAGGGUCUUAAAACUGCCGAACAAAUCCUCAAGAAAGUUCCCGACCAUGGAGAAACACUAUGCAUGAAAGGUCUGAUCCUUACAAAUAUGGCCGGGAGGAAAGAUGAGGGCGUUGAACUGGUCAAAAAGGGCGUCCGACUGGACCUGACAUCCCACAUUGUCUGGCAUGUCUUCGGUCUCGUCCAAAAGGCCGACAAAAACUACGAGGAGGCCCUCAAGUCGUACACACAGGCGCUACGUUUCGAUAAGGACAAUAUGAAUCUGUUACGAGAUUCCGCCCAACUCCAGACCCAUCUGCGCCUAUACGAAUCCCUUGUCGAUACACGACAUGCUAUACUGAAACUCAGGCCCAAUCAACGCCAAAAUUGGGUAGCUCUGGCACUCGCUCAUCACUUAAACGGAAACCCUCAGGAAGCUAGAAUGGUCUUGGAACACUACCAGCGGUCUUUAAAGAAUGUGCCCGACUACGAUAUCGAACAUUCAGAAACCCUCAUCUACUAUGUCAAUAUCCUGGAAGAGAUCGGUGAACUUUCGGAAGCACUCUCUGUUCUGGACUCUAGCGCUAAAUCGCGAUCCAUCGUCGAUCGCACUUCUAUUCUUCAAAUCAGAGCCCGGAUACUCACCAAGCAAAGUGUCCCAGAAGCCGAUGAGGCCUGGCGUUCACUGAUCGAGCAUAACCCAGACUGCUACGAGUCCUUCCGUGGUUAUUUCACUUACCUGGGCAUCUCGCUUGACGAAUCCAAUCCGGAGGCAGUUACCAAACUUGAGGAGUUUGUUGUGCAACUACCCAGGGCUUCUGCACCACCGCGUCUUCAGCUCAACGUUGCAUCGGGAGAUCAAUUUAAGAAACUGGUCGAAAAGUACAUCGUAAAACGCCUCGAGAAGGGUAUUCCAUCUCUCUUUGCGGACCUAAAAGCACUUUAUGUGGAUAAGGAGAAGCAACAGACAAUCGAGGGCAUCGUUGAAGCCUUGCGCGAAGAGUACGCUGCUGCUUCCACCCUUCCCGCGUCUUCGGAUGCCAACUUAGAACCUACAACUUAUCUAUGGACCCUCUACUAUCUUGCUCAACAUUAUUCUUAUUUGUCACAGCCAGACAAGGCGCUCUCCGUACUCGACAUUUCAUUGCAACAUACACCGACACUUCCUGAACUUCACAUGUGUAAAGCGCGAGUGCUGAAGAGAGCAGGAGAUUAUUUAGGGGCAGCUAGGUGUCAGAAUGAUGCAAGGUUGCUCGAUGGACAAGAUCGAUUCUUGAACACAAAAUUCGGCAAGUAUCUUCUGAGAGCUGGAAUGGUCGACGAAGCAAACUCGAUAUUUGGACUAUUUACUAAGAAAGACGCCCCGAGCCCUGCUGCAGAUUUAGAAGAUAUGCAAUCUCUCCUUUUCCUACUUAACGAAGCGGAUGCGUAUAGACGAAAUGGCAAACUCAACCUUGCCCUCAAGAAAUACAUUGCUGUUAAGAAGGUCUUUGACGACUUCGAAGACGACCAAUUUGACUUCCAUGGGUACAACUUGAGAAAAUUCACUAUCAACAUUUAUAUCAAGUUGCUGAAGUGGGAGGAUCAGCUUCGGUCACAUCCAGGUUAUGUCAAGGCGGCCAUUGAGGCGUCCAAGAUCUUCGUUGCUGUCUCUGACGAUGCUUCAAUCGUAUCAUCUUUAACGUCAACAAGUAAAAUGAGCGAUGCUGAGAAGAAAGCACUCAAAAAGGCCAAAAAAGCUGCCCAAAAGGUCCAAGAGGACAAGAAAGCUACUCAGGCGACAAACGAAAACAAGGACCCCGAGUUAAUUGUGCCCAAAGAUGAGGACCCAGAUGGCUUAAAGCUGAUUGGGUCACCAGAUGCCCUAGAACAAGCAUCCAAGCUUCUGCAUCCUUUAACAACACUGGCACCGAAGAAUAUCGAUGUUUGGAUAGCAAUCUAUGAUGUGGCUAUACGCAGAAAGAAGCUCCUACAAGCAGUAGGCGCUUUGAGUCGAGCUGCUGCUCUCAAUCCGGAUCAUCCAGAGCUCCAUCUCCGCCUCGUUGAUGUUAAACAGAGAGCAUCCUCAUUCCCUCAGGCACCUCCACCCCCGAUCGGCCCAGUGUUCACCGAGGCUAUCGCCAAAUUCAUACCUGACGAUUUGUCGCUUGAAACAUUCAACUCGCAGUAUCUCCAAAAGCAUUCAACUGAUAGUCACACCGUGUUGGCUGCAGCCAAGGCCCUUCACAAACUCAAUUUACCUCUGGCAGAUGUUGAAAACACGGCCUUUACUCUGUUCAGUCCGGAUGUGCGGCUAGAUGUCCCGACCGCGCUAUCGACAGUAGACUUCCUCGCUUCUUUGAAAUCCUCGCGGCUAGAUGAGUUCAGGGCUCAGUGCCAGACAACAUUCCCACUAUCGACAGUGUUCAAGCCUUCGGCGGAACUUGCGCCGCUACGUGAACAGGUCAUGCUGGGUUCUGCUCCCGAGCCUGCCACAGAAGACACGACACCCUGA